AUGGCUUCUGGAGCAGAAAAUAAUCAGCCCAGAAACCAAGAACAACAUUCCGGCCGACUCUCCGAAAACGACCAACCUCCUGCCGUAUCCAACUACCCCCCAUCAGGGGGUACCAACUACCCUCCUUCAACAAUGAGCUACCCUCAGCAACCUUAUUCAGGGGCUCCCCCUCAAGGCUACCCGGGCUACGGCUAUAGCCCUUACCCCCCUGCGACCUACGCACAGGACCCUGCUGUGGCCUAUUACGCUACGCAUCAAUAUUCACAGGCAGAUGAAGGAGGCAACGCCUGCUUCCGCUGCAUCUGUAUGAUCAUGAUUUUAUCACUCAUGUUAACCGUCAUCGCAAGCAUCAUCUUCUUCUUCGUCGCCAAACCCGAACAUACUUCCUUCAAGGUGGACAGCCUUACCGUCUCCGACUUCAACGUAAACCCGGCAAACAAAGUCGUUACAGGAAAAUGGGACGCCAAAGUGUCCGUGGAAAACAGCAGGACGAGACUCAGAAUCGAAAAGCCGGAGGCGAACCUGUACCAAAAGGAAACCUGGUUAGCCGGCGGGUCGUCCCCUAUGCCGCUCUCCCCCUAUUGGGACGACUAUAGUUGGGGGAAUGCUAGUGAUGAGCUGGAGUUUAAGUUCGAAGUCAACAAUGGCUCGGCGCCGGCGGCAGACAUGGACAAGGAGAUCAGAGAAGCGGGAGGCGUGACUUUCAAUUUGAUUUUUAAUUUGAAUUAUGAGGAGAGGUCAUCUGGGUUAUGGUGGCAUAUAAAAAGUGGGAACAUGAAAGUUACGUGCAAAGAUUUGAAGAUUGGUUUGGCGGUCGGUGCAAACAGUGGAACGCUUACCGGUGGUAAAAAAGAUUGUGAUGUUUCCGGUUGA